AAGCCAGCUUCUGGCCCAAGAAGCGGAGGCCUUGGCCCCCCCCCACCGCAGAGGCAGCCCCGCAAGCCAUGGGGCCUGCGGGCCCUGGCCGUGCUGGCCCCGCGGCCGCCACUCUGAGCCUCGAGUACGGCCCGCCGAGGCCGCCCGCGGGGGCGCGGCUGCUGCCCCAGCCGCUCGGGACGGGCGCGCGCGGCUGCGCAGCCGCCUACGGCGCCGCUCCGGCGGUUCCCGCGCCGGCGCUGCAGAGGCGGGGCAGGAGGAGGAUCGACGUCUUCUCGGUGGCCGCGGCGCUGUUCUUGCCCUGGGCACUCUUCUGUGCUGCGUGCGCCGUGGUGUCGUUCUCGCUGCGGUACCAGCAGCCCGUCCUCGCGCGCGGCAUCACUGGCCUGCUCCUGCUGCCGGUUGCCGUCGCCGGCGUCUACUCUGUGAGGGAGAUCACGGGCAUGCUGAGGGAGCGCGCAGGCAGGGCGACCUGGGCCAUCUUCCUCUUCCUGGCCAUGCUGCUGGCGUGGACUCUCGGUGUCCAGUUCGGCAAUUACAUCUACACCCUGUAUCUGAGGCCGUUUUACGACAUCGACGGCCUCCACGCUUAUGCUCAUGUCGACCCAUCGAAAUUCCGCGGCCAGCAGCUCAUGGACGCAGGGCGCAUUGUCUUCACCAGAGACGCCCGCCUGGACGUGCGCCGAUCCAUGGGCUUCAAGAAUCAGGACACGUAUUGUGCGGCGCCGAUCACUGUUGGGAACGAGAAUGUGACAUUCAAGGAGCUGCCAUCCUAUGAUUUCUGGGCUGUGGGCUUGAAUUGCUGUGGGGAGAAAGGGGAUUUCACGUGCGGAGAGUACAAUAAUCCUGAUGCGCACGCUGGCCUCCGGUUGAUGCGCGACGACCAGCGGAAAUUCUUUCGCCUCGCAGUGCAGCAGGCAGAGUCGGCCUUCAACAUCAAGUCCGUCCACCCCGUUUUCGUGCACUUUAUGCAGGACCCGUUGGCGGAGGCGCUGUCCUACCAGGAAGGGGGCCUCAGAUGCUACUUCGUGGGUCUGUGCUUGCACUUUCUGCUGCAGCUCUCCCUGGUCGCCGUGGCCGUCGCCCUCUUCCAGAGGUUGGACAGCCAGACCGCCACCCUUGACCAGGGGCGCGGUGGCUGCAUGCAGGCCUCCGCAAAGACGGUGCUCCUGUGAUGCUGAUGCGGAUCCCUGACGCGGUCCGCGCGGGGGGCUUUGUGAGGGACGCAGGCUGCCGCCCAAUCAGACAGGCCGCGGCCAGGUUAUGGUGCCUUGGGCAGUCGAGGUUCCGCACUCUCGCCUCCGGCCUGUCUGGUCCGCGAUUCGCCUCUCCUCGUGUGCUUCCCUGCCGUGCGAGGUGUCACAUGUACAGCCGCGCACAUGUAUUCAAGAUUCGGAUCGCACGCGUCGCCCAAGAGCGGCGUUGGUGGCCGUGCAAUGUUCACGACCACACUCCUGCGGCCGUCCAUUAAGAGACGGACCGCUGUGCGCAGGCGCGCCAGGUUGCGAUCGAAGGGUUUCGCCAGGGCAUCUUGGCAGGCGGCUUUGUCAUGAGGA